AGCCAAAGACGUCGGCUCGACCAUGCGAUCAGCUGUGUCCAAUCACAGCUGAUUGCAUCUCCAGUGGAGAGGAGAGCCAGUAAUUGGCAUUCCACAGAAAGGACAUGUACACUGGUCUUGUGCCCUAAUGAUCAGUGUAGCCCCAGCAGUGCCACCUGUCAGUGUCCAACAAUGUCAGCUGUCAGUGCUCAUCAAUGCCAUCUGCUAGUGCCCAUCAGUGCCACAUCAAUGCCACAUAUCAGUGCCCAUCUGAGCUGCCUUUCAGUGCCACUUAUCAGUGCCAGUCAGUGCCAUUUAUCAAUGCCAGUCGGUGCCGCCUAUCAGUGCUGACAGUCAGUGACACCUAUCAGUGCCAGUCAUUUCCGCCUAUCCGUGCCAGCCAGUGCUGCCUAUCAGGGCCAGUCAGUGCCGCCUAUCAGUGCCGCCUAACAGUG